AUGUUGGCGGACUUCUUGAGAUGCAAACAUAAGUUUAGGUUUGAUUUUUAUAACAAUAUAACACAAAUUUCACAAAAAAAUCCAGUAUUCAUUAACAUCUCUAGCACUGAAAUCAAUUACAUCAUGGAGAGAAGUUUCAUGGCACCUCAAGGUAUGGUGGUAACGCCCCACCACCUCGCCACCCAGAGUGCCGUCGCCAUCCUCAGAGAAGGCGGUACAGCUAUGGAAGCAAUGGUGGCUGCUGCUGCGACCAUCGCCGUGGUCUAUCCACACAUGAACAGUAUCGGAGGAGAUGGCUUCUGGCUGAUAGUACCACCACACAGCGACCCAGUGGUUAUUGAAGCUUGUGGAGCAGCUGGCAGCUUGGCUAAUGUAGACUUCUUAGCAGGAGAAAAGACCAUACCCUUUAGAGGCAUCAAAGCAGCUUUGACCGUCCCAGGAACUAUAGGAGGCUGGCAAGAAGCUUUAAAUUACGUGCGAGAAUGUGGAUACCAAAACAUGUCAGUAUCUCGACUUUUAGCUGAUGCUAUAAGGUACGCAGAAGAUGGAUUUCCUGUCUCUGUAUCUCUGCAUCAUGCUUUGAUAAAAGCAAAGGACUUUGAAGACAACACGGAGACGUUUAAGGAAAUAUUUCUACCUAAUGGUAUAAUACUGAAGGAAGGUGAAAAAUUGUAUCAGAAAAAACUUGCGGGUACUUUGACAAAGUUAUCUGAGCAAGGAUUGAACAGUUUUUACCGUGGGAUAGUGGCAGAUUUAAUAGCAGAAGACAUGGCGGCUUUAAACAUGGCUAUAACAAGAGAUGAUCUUGUAAAUUAUUCUGCUGUUAGAAAGACUCCAUUACGAAUGCCACAUAAGAAAGGUGACUUGUAUAAUCUUCCUCCCCCAACUCAGGGUACUGUAUCUCUGGCCAUAUUAGGAAUGAUAGACAAAUUAAAUGUUGAUGGUACAGACGAAGGAAAGUUUAUACAUACAACAGUUGAAGCCACCAAACAAGCUUUCAAACUAAGAGACCAAUAUUUAACCGAUCCGAAUUAUAUGAAUGUUUCAAAUCCGCAAAGUUUGCUGUCCGACAAAAUUCUUGAAAAUAUGGUAAAGAACAUUAACCCAGAUAUUGCAUCCUCUGCUGGAUCUGGAAAAGUUCCUGGAGAUACAAUCUGGAUGGGCGUAAUGGACAACAGAGGUUUCUCAGUUUCAUUUAUCCAAAGUAUCUAUCAUCAGUUUGGUAGUGGCAUAGUUUUGCCCCAAACUGGUAUCACUUUGCAUAAUCGCGGCACGGCCUUCGUCUUAAAUCAAGAUCACUUAAGAUCUUUAAAACCUGGUAAGAAGCCGUACCAUACUUUAAACCCUGCCGCAGCUAAGCUUCAUGAUGGAAGAGUGAUGAUUUAUGGAACUCGUGGAGGCGACGGCCAACCUCAAACCCAAGCAGCUAUCUUUCAUAGAUACGUUGUUCAAGGUCUUGGCCUGCAGAAAUCUGUGUCAAGUCCUCGUUGGGUUUACGGCAGAACAGUUGGGGAUAUGCACGACCGAUUGCUUCUGGAAGAUAGAUUCAGCAAGGCUACUGUGGAGUACUUGCGGAAAAGAGGUCAUGAGGUUGUUCUUUUGCCGUCGUUUAGUGAGGAUGUGGGACAAGCUGGAGCGCUAGUGAGGCACUCUAAUGGAAUGUUGGAGGGAGCCGGAGAUCCAAGAUCUGAUGGUAAUGCCGCUGGUUUUUAAGCUACUACUGAUUUAUUCUUUACGUUUAAGGUAUUCUAAAAAAUAUUUUUUAAUACAGUUGCUAAAAAAGUGCUAAUUUACGUAGCUGUUUAGCGUGCGGAAAGUUGGAUUUCGCGAACUAGUGCUAUUUACUUUUCCACUUAUUGAUGAGUGUUAAUGUUAGUUUCCUUUUAAAGUCGUAAUCAACAUAAAAACCUACUGUUAAUGUAAAGAUAAUAAAUAUAAGCAUGUUUCAUAUAUUAUUACUUACCUUUUCAUUAUUAUAACAUGUUUAUUUUUUUAUAUUGAAUAUUGAAAAACCGUUCUUAAUAAGUUGUCUGAAUGGAAAGGAAUAGCUGCCGAAACGCCUGUCAAAGCAGAGGCGUUUUUUCUUACUGCAAGAAUGUUUUAAGUUUUCAAAGGCUACAUUCGAUAUUGUUUUUUACAAUUUAAAUAUACGAUACACAUAUAAUCGUAAAUAACGAUACUUAGGUAAUAAUAAUAUAAUAUUUUAUAUUUACAAUUGUUUCUGUCUUAUAGAACAUGCAUAAAAAAGUACUUGUUGUUUUUCUUAUUUUUUCGUAACUGUAUUAAACUACGUCGUUCAAUACACGUGGCGGAAAUGUCAUUCUUGUAAGUAAUGACAUACUUCCCGCACUAGCAUCGAAAUGUACUAUUACAGUACAUAUGGUGCUACUUUUCCACACUAGUGCGUAAAUUAGCACAUUAUGCAACUAUGUCGAAAAUUUAAAGGGUCAUAUGUACUGUAAAACGUUGUACGAUACAUGUGCGAAUAGGUAAUUCGCAACUCGUGUCGAUUUAAAUUAUCACCACUCGUUACGAAUUUCCUAUUUUUCGCACUUGUAUCGUAAAUAACUAUUUCAAAUUAUAUAUUCAUUAUGUAGAAAUUAUUGUUGUACAACUACUCGUGUUGUUGUAGUACUUUAGUUACGUAUUUUUUACCUUUUUAAGAUUUACUUGAGGAAAAUUAUAUAUUUUUUAAAUUUGCUAAUCAUUUUUUUUUGUAAUUUUAAAUAGUUAAUGCCUGACUGAUGAAUAUUUAGUCUGUUUUUUACGAAAUUAUACUUAUAGAUUAUUUGUUAGUUACUGUGUUUACAAUUAUAAAUCACGUUAGCCAUGUUAAGAAAAGAUUAGGUUAUACUUUAAAUCUAUUAAUAUUUAAUAGAUUAAAUAUAAAUGUACCAAAGAC